AUGUAUAACAUUAAAAUUUCUCCCAAACUGAAAUCAGAUGACAGGUCCAUAAUGAAUUAAAUAUUGAAAGAAGAGGCAUUUUUCCUAAAUCAAAAGCAAGGCGAUAUACAUUCAUUUGUCUUAGAUGAUGAUUAAGAUUAGCUUCUUAAUAAAUUAUUAAAUGUUCAUAAGAUGACGAACAUAGACAAGGAGAACUAUACUAAGCAUAUUAGCUAUUGUGUAAGAAAUUUAGGACAAAAAUCAAUUGAUAAGUUGCCAAUGAUUAUGGAAAAAUAUGUAAAUUGUUGUAAUAUUUAAUUUAGAAAAAUGAAGAUGAAAGAUUUUAAAUAAUGUUUAUAGAAUAACUUAAUUUGAUAUAUGAGGCAUCUUUAUAAGCUCAGUAGCCGGUCAUACAAAUUUUGAGCUUUUUCUUGUUGAAUAGCAUUUUGAAAAUCAAAGAGUUGGCAGGUUAAUAGUUGACAAAGAUUGCUCUUCAUUUGUAAGGAGAUGAGAAAGGAAAUUAGUUGUUACCAAUCAUAAUAAAGAUGGCCCAUGAUGAUCUCAAUUAAGAUAAUAGAAUAGUGGCAUUGUAAUUAAUGGGGAAGCUCUCAUCAAUGUUUGGGAUACAAUUAAGCGAGUCUUUUAUAGCUUUUGAAGUAAUGUCUCUCGGAGAGGAUUCAAAAUAAGAUGUGAGAAAAGAGGCAGUUAAUCAAUUGCCCUUGGUUGCAAAAGUAGUGGGUAAAGACUUUUUUAAUAAAAAACUGUUCCCAUUCUACAUGAAAAGAUGCAAAGAAACUAAUACAAAAGUAAAGACUGCAUGUGUGGAACAUUUUUUGUAAAUUGUAGAAUUAUCAUCUCAAAAUUAAAAAAUUGCUGAUCUUACAGCUUAAAUAUUACAAUUCUAAAAGUAAUGAGAUAAUUACAUUUUUAGCGAUUCUAAUAAAUAUGUUAAGGGAGUUGCAUAUAGAUGUUUGGCUAGAUUUAUUGCAGCAAUUGAAAAAGACAAAAUUGAACCAAGACUCAUUGAAAAUUAUUUGAAGAUGGCUGAUUCAGAUAUAAGAGAAUUGCUACCUGAAUAGUAAGUAAUGUUUGCUUGUGCAUAUGGUUUUCCUGCAGUGUUAUAAACGGUUGGUGUUGCAAGAUGGUAAUAAUUGCAUAAAUUAUUUAAUCAUCUAUGGAAAUAAAAGAAUGAAAGAAUCUGUAAGACUUUGGCAGCUAGUCUACAUGAAGUUGCCAAAAUCAUAGGAGCAGAGAAAGCCGAAAUAGAUUUGUUUCCUAUUUUAGAGACCAUUUUUGUAAAAGAACCAAAUGAUAAUGUGUUAAUGGGUUGUGUUAAGAAUUUGUCAUAAUUUUUGAAAAUAUUUUCAGAUGAAAAGAAGGAGGCAUUUUUAGAAAUAUUUUUUUUCAUUUAGAGGGAUUUAAAAAAGUGGAGAAUCAGAGAAUCAAUAGCAAAUCAAUUAGAUGAGAUGGCUCUCAUCUUUCCUGCAGAAAUCAUAUUUAGAAUGAUUCUCCCUAUUGCUUUUAAGCUUUGUACUGACAAUGUGGCAUAAGUUAGAAAAAUAGCAUCCUCUAAAAUAUAUGCAUUUUUUUAAGGUAUCAAAGAUUCACCAUUGUCAGAAUAAUAUCAAACCUUCAUUAUUGAAAGCAUGAUAGGUUUUUAAAAGUCAUCGGUGUUUUAUCAAAGAUAAUCGUACAAUUUCCUAUAAUAUAUAGAUUUAUUUAGAUGUGUUCUAAAAUCAUGUAAUUUGAGGAUGCCAUCUUUUAAUAGCAUCUUCUAAAACCCUUACUAGAAUUAGCAUAGGACAAAGUUUAGAGUGUCAGAUAUAUGUUAUACAUGGCUAUAGAGAAUCACUUCAAAAUAUAGGGUAACUAUUUAUCUUAAAAUUAAAAGGAAAACAACAAGGAAAUCCAUAAUUAUUAGAAGUUUUUAAUUAGCUAUCAAAUGACAAGAUUAUUAAAUCACUUGUAAAAUAUAAACCAACUUUGGAAGUCCAAGUCAAUGAGACAGAAUCAAAAGAAUAAGAAAAUCUACAGCCUAGUUCAGAAGUGAUUAAUUAGGAACCUUAGUUAGAAGAAAUUGAUGAUGAUGAAAUUCCACAAAGAUAAGUUUAAGAAGAACCAGAGAUCUUGAAAUAGUUGAGACAAGAGAAAUAAGAAUUUAUCAAAAAAUAGGAGGAAAUCUAGAAGGAAUAAUUAGAAAAGGAAUCAGAUGCAAAAUUAAAUGAACAAGUUAGUUAAAUCACUAUCAAUGAAAAUGCAGAAAAAAAUGAAUUUAAUGAUGAGACUACUCAAAUUGCUUAUGAUUCUUCAGAUUAAAACAUAAAAAAUAAUGAGUCUCAAGAAUUAUACUAGUUUGAGUAAUUAUAAGGAUAAGGUGAAUAACAAUAAAAAGAGAAUGAUGGAUUAUAAUAAAAUGAAGAAUAUGAAUAAGGAUCAUAAAAUGAUUAAAAAGAGAUAAAUACUGAAGAAGAUGCUUCAUAACUUUGA